UCACUUUUUCAUUUGUCGCUGGAACGCGACUAACCUAACCUUAGAUCAUUGUGGCCUUUGAUAAAUUGUAAAAACUUUAUUAUUUACAGUCUACUUAUAAUAUUCAGUUAUAUUAGUGCGAAAUGUUCAUAAUUCUAUAGAUAUUUGUUAGUAUUGGUUAGAAAAACACAAUAUUAAUUCAUUGGUUACGUGUUAGACUUUUGUUGUCGUCGUCAGAAGUGAGUGGUUUACCAUGGGUAUUUUAGAGAAAAUAUCUGAAAUCGAAAAAGAAAUUGCAAGAACACAGAAGAAUAAAGCUACUGAAUACCACUUGGGGUUAUUGAAGGCCAAAUUAGCCAAAUACCGGUCCCAGCUCCUUGAGCCAUCUAAGAAAGGAGGUGAUAAGGGUGAAGGUUUUGAUGUGCUGAAGUCCGGAGAUGCCAGAGUAGCCCUCAUUGGUUUCCCCUCAGUGGGUAAGUCAACUCUCCUAUCAACUCUGACCCACACACAUUCGGAAGCAGCUAGCUAUGAGUUUACCACACUGACAUGCAUCCCCGGUGUGAUAGAGUACCGCGGCGCCAACAUACAACUGCUCGAUCUGCCUGGUAUCAUUGAAGGUGCUGCCCAGGGCAAGGGUAGAGGACGACAGGUUAUAGCUGUAGCAAGGACAGCAGACUUGGUGCUAAUGAUGCUGGACGCUACAAAGCCCUAUGUGCACAGACAGCUGCUGGAGAAGGAGUUGGAGAGUGUCGGCAUCAGGCUGAAUAAGCCUAAACCUAACAUCUAUUUCAAAGUGAAGAAGGGUGGUGGUCUAUCAUUCAACUCGACAUGCCAGCUCACCAAGGUGGAUGAGAAAAUGGUGCAAAUGAUUUUACAUGAAUACAAGAUAUUUAAUGCUGAGGUGCUAUUCCGCGAAGAUGCGACAGCAGAUGACCUGAUCGACGUGAUCCUCGCGAACCGAGUGUACCUACCUUGCCUGUAUGUGUACAACAAGAUCGAUCAGAUCUCCAUCCAAGAGGUGGAUAGAAUAGCCAGACAACCACACACUGUUGUUGUUAGUUGUAACAUGAAGCUGAACUUAGACUUUCUAUUGGAAACACUCUGGGAGUACCUGUCCCUCAUCAGAGUUUAUACCAAGAAGCCAGGUCAGCCCCCAGAUUUCGAAGAUGGUCUCAUUUUAAGAAAGGGUGUAACUAUAGAGCACGUUUGCCACGCCAUUCACCGCACGUUGGCAGCAGCACUGAAGUAUGCCUUAGUCUGGGGCACCAGCACCAAAUACUCCCCGCAGAGAGUCGGACUCGGCCACACCGUGCAGGACGAGGAUGUCGUUCAACUCAUCAAGAAGUAGCAACGGCUUGCUUCAUCACUAAUACUCGAUGAUCUUUCGCAUAGACGUCGACUGCUUGAAGUUUGGACUGUAUUUUAAGCAGUGCACAUUGGUCAGUUUGAAGUGUUAUGAAUCAUAUCUCUUAAAAUAAACAAACGAUCGUGAAACUAUUGUUGUUACUAUAAUGUAGCUUGUUUGCAUGAUAUUUAGUCUUAUUGGAAGGAUUAUGAUUUCAGAACUUAGUGAUUUAAAAAACGAGUAUGGGGAGACUGUAUGAUUGGCGUAUUUUUUUAUUGUACCAAUGUGCAACGCUUGACAUUUGAGCAUAUUUAAAGACUAUGUAAUUCUAAACUGUGUACGAAAAUAGCUAAUUUUCAGUUAUGUUUGAUAAUUCUACUGAUUGAAACCUGUUUUAUAGAAAACUAUUUUAUUACUAGAACAUGUUAAAAUGACUGAAAAUGUUACAUGAAGUUGGUUCCAUAUAAUUGCAAAAUGCAUAAAUGUUACGUAAAUAGAAAUAUAUCCAAAUGUUUACUACUACUAAUAAUUAAAUAGUUCACAUUUCGUAUCAUAAGAUAACCAUGAAAUAAGUAGUUAUUCCUUCCUAAUCGAUUCUUAACUUCAUUGUUUUUAUUGAUUAAUACAAAAUAUAAAAAAAAACCAUGAUUGUUUAUUAUGAUAAGCUGGUUAACUGAAUCCUUGUGUAUGUUUUAUGAUGUGUCUAUCUUCAGGACUCUGGUAGAACUUUUAUCUAGUUGAUGCAAGUACAAUACUAUACAAGAUAUUUUAUACAUCAUUGAAAGGAUGUGUCCAUCUUGUGUAGAAUUAUACUAUUAUGCAUCAGAAUUAUUAUUGACUCAUAUUUUCCUUAUAAUUGUUUUAGUAGUAGUGCCUGAUGAUAAAGCCAGCUACAGUAAAGAAAGCAAUAAGAAUUAUGUUGUUAUUUAAUGUGUUUGUAUAGGAAAAGGUCAUAUUGUAUAUACUCAAUAUACUUUUGCAUUGAAAUAAAUAAGUUUUCUAAAUGCAA